AUGGCGUCUACCUCUUCCUCUCACAAGCAUUCAUUCAGUGAAUUUGAAAGGAAAACAUUCACAGUAUCAUAUGAUGCAUUCAUUAACCACCGAGGCCCUGACACGAAAGCUACUGUGGCUUUUGCGCUUUAUGAAUCACUGGAAGAAAUGGGAUUUUGCACAUUUCUUCAUGAUCAAGAAUUACAACCAGGAGAUUCAAUUGAGCCUGCCAUACAAAAUGUCAUUUACUCUUCCUCUGUGCAAAUCGCCAUCUUCUUCCCACGAUAUGCGGAGUCCCCUUGGUGUCUAAAUGAGCUGGUUGACAUGCUGAAAACCAGGGCUCUGUUUAUUCCUGUAUUUUGUGAUGUAAAGCCUUAUGCACUUCGCUACCUUGACAAGGGAGCUUAUAAAGAUGCAUUCGCUAAGCAUGAAGAAAAGGGGAGAUUCAGCAAAGAGACGCUUAACGACUGGAAAGCAGCCCUCCACUCUUCUUCACUGGUCAAAGGCCACGAAUUCAGCACAGAUAUUGAUAAUGUCGAGGAGCUGCGUACAAAGAUUGGCUUGGCUGCUCAACAAAGGGUUGGAAAGAAGUGCUUGCCAAGAGAUGUGGAAACUGCAAAUGAUGCAGACAUUGCAGCGUCGACAAGUACAUCAGUACAGAGGAAUAAAUCAUCUAGUCUUCUACCCAGAGAUUCACAUUCGGUGGGCAUUGAUUCCAAAGUUGAAGAUAUGGUAGGCUUGUUGAAGAAUCCACAAGUUGCAGUUAUAGCCGUCGUUGGUAUGGGCAGCUUGGGGAAGACAUUUCUUCUCCAAUGUGUCUACAAGAAAAUCAAAUCCAGUUUUGACAAAUCUGUUUGGCUCUCUAUCUCUAAGUUUUAUUCUGUCAAGGGUUUGCAAAUUGAUAUAGCCUUUCAAAUAGGUUUAAUCAUGAUCCACUAA